CAAAAACGUUGCCCAUCUGACACAUGUUAGUGAAAUGGAAAAAAAGAUUGAAACUUUGGCCAGAAUCACCACUAUAUUGAAAGAUGUUAUUCAGAACAAGGACCGCAUUAUUGCUCGGCUUCAACAACCAUAUUCAUUAGAUUGCAUUCCCGUGGAAACAGAAUAUCAGAAACAAUUUUCUGAGUUACUGAUGAGGGCUGCUAGCGACUAUAGUGCAUUAACAGCAUCUGCGGCCGACUUUCAUUGGAGCCAAAAUUUUAGAGACCCACCAACAAUAUGGGCAGAAAUGCUUCGCCCUAUCCCCGUCGCCCUGGCUUCAUGCACCAGGUUCUUUGAAGCCAUGUCUGCAAUGAGGGAGUCAUUUGCCACACUUCAAACGUUAAGGGUUGGUCCUUCAUCGUCCCUUGCCACACCUAGCAAGGAUCUUUCCCAGAGAGGAGGAUCAAGGAAGAAUUCUGAUUGUGUGACUCCUCCACCCUGGAGAACCGAAACAAGUUUUAACGAUUUGACCAUUAGAAGUGUGAGACAUGAAAAAAGUGAGGAGCAAGAAGUUACAAGUGGUGAUGAAUAUGGUGGCGGUGUUGAGAGCCAUCAACUAUCAUGGCCUUCUCCGGUGUAAAGAGUCGAUAUAUAUCGCUAUGUUACGGCACACAUGCCCAAAUUUUAUAUGGGACCAGUUGUGUAUCUAAUCAAAACCUAUUAUUCUAAUCAUUUCUUGAUGUUUGAUUGGCACUGUUGGAGUAUAAUUAAACUUUGACCAAUUGUUUUAAGCUUGUCCUGGGGCUAGCAAGCUAUGUGAGUGUUACUUUGAUGUAGAUAAUAGUGUUCAAAUUAGCUCAAUGUAUUAUGCACCUUUUUAAAUUAGGCCAAAGCCUGGUUUGAAGGAUUCCAGGUUUUGUUUGUGCAAG